GGCAAUGAGGAAGAAACGGCAGUUGAGCCUGGAUGAAGGCAGCAGGAGUAAAACUAUACAGGGCCCCGUCAGGCUCAGAGAGUGGAGUAAGGACUCCAGCGGUCGUCCACAUGACAACAUGAUGGACCCUGAAGUGUCCAUUCUGCUUGACUGUGCACAGUGGAGGGGGCUGCUGGAGGACCAAGUCCAGGUGGAGCUUUCUGACAGAUUCAACAGGCAGACAGAUCCUCUUCUUGAGCAGCACAUAGGUGAAGUUUGGACGCAGCGGCUUACCAAGGAGCCGUGGCUUUUCAACGGGGCCAAAUUCAGGCUGCAUUCCUUCCGCUUGGCCUCUCCAGAACGUCUGCACUGUGAUGGCUCUGACGGCCACCUGUGUGAACAGAGGAGGGAUGGUGCCGCAGAGGGGGACCAUGUUGAUAUCAAUGGUGGGUGUCUAGUUCAGUCAGCAGAUAAUGGAGGCUUCAAUGAGAAGCCGUCCCCCGCCAUGUCGCGGGGCGCUGCUGUUCGCCAUCACCCUAGUUCCCUUCUCACCCUGAGGCUGGGCCUCACCUGCUACAAGGACUACCUGGGAACAAACUGGUCGUGUAAGGUGGCAGAACUCCGUCGCCGUGGCCAGAAGGAGUUUGGUGACUCUCUGGCUCUGCUGGCUCAGCCGCUGGGUGUGGGCGCCGUUUUGUGCACAUGCGACGGUCAGGUGGUGUUCAUCAGGAGGAGCCAGAAGGUGGCAGAGGCAGGGGGGUUGCUGGACAUUCCCGGCGGCCACCCAGAGCCAAAGGCCGUGUGUGAGCGGCAGGGUGAGGCAGGGGAGCACAUCAGCAUGGCAGUGAUGCAGCAGAGGCCGGACGCCGUCGUCUCAGAGCUGUUCUCCUCCGUGUGCGCGGAGAUCAGGGACGAGGUCAAUGUCCCUCUUAGCUGCCUUGGCGCUCCAGUGCUGAUGGGCAUCGCUCUAAACCACACCAGCGCCGGACGGCCAAGCGCAGAGUUCUACAUCAGCUGUUCUCUGUCUUCUGAUGAAGUCAGAAAGCUGUACUGGGAAGGAGGAGCAGAGGCCAACGAGUCCACAGAUGUGGUCUUCCUCAGCAGAACGGAGGUGUUGCAGCUGAACAGAAGCAGCCCUCUGUGGUCAGAGAUGUGUCCGUCGGCUAAAGGAGCCAUUCUGCUCUAUCAGACAGUGAAGCCAGAGAGGAAACAAAACCACAGAGAGGAAAAAUGACCAGAGGGGAGCAUUGGUGUUAAAAGUCUAUAAAUGUCUUAUCUCUGUACUUUGUAAA